CUGCGGAUAGUUGGACAGCUGGGGAAUACCAAGCAAACUUCAGAGACCCAGGAACGAGGGGUGGAUGCAGAACUAAUCCAGUGGCCAAGGCCAAUGGUUCUUUGCUGCCCGCAGCCAGCAGCCCUGACUGGGAAGUGUGGCAAAGUCCCGGCCUGACUUCUUGAGCCUGUUUCCCUCUCCCAGGGCUCUGCACAGUCUGCCUGGCUGUAUCCCUCCCAAGACUCCCUCAGGACAAAGCCCAAGCCCUGGGCCGUGCAUGGCCUGAUCCUGCUACCUGCAGGUUCUUUUCACCUCCCCACCAACAGGCGUCACACGCUGCACGUAACACAUUAUGGUGUUUCUCUCACUGUCAGCUGCUCUAGUACAGCCCAAGGAAGGGGUCAACAGGUGAACCAGUCAUUAAAUACACGCGAAUGAAGACAAGUGGCCACUUUUAGAAAAACUGAAACCCGUGGCUGAGAUUUGGGCGCUUAAAGCAGGGUUUAUGCUAAAAGUCAACAUUCUAAAGCUCUGCACCCACAGGGUUUCUGAAGAGCCACGCCGUCGGGGGCGGGGCCUGAGCCUGUGCUCCAAAGCCUGGACAGUGCUCAAGAUCCCAGAUCCCCACCCAAUGCACUUUGGACCUAGGGCAUCUGCAGGAUCCUCUCUCCCGCACAGUGCCCAGCGCUGCUUCCCAGCCAUGUCGUCCAUCCGCCGAGUGGCGCUGGUGACCGGGGCCAACAAGGGCAUCGGCUUCACCAUCAUCCGAGAGCUCUGCCAGGGGUUCUCGGGGGACGUGGUACUUACGGCGCGAGACGAGGCGCGAGGCCGGGCGGUGGUGCAGCAGCUGCAGGCCGAGGGCCUGAGCCCGCGCUUCCACCAGCUGGACAUCGACGACCUGCAGAGCAUCGGCGCCUAACCCUAACUUCCUGCGC